AUGCCCACUGUCGAGAACAGACUCCUUCUCCAAGCCUUCGAAUGGCACACACCCUCGCAACCUCCCGCACCACACGAAACCCACUCGCCCAAUUCUCUCUGGUCGCGUCUCAACCGCGUCCUGCCUCAUCUCGCAAACCUCGGCGUGACUUCGAUCUGGCUACCGCCUGGCUGCAAGGCGAACAAUCCCAACAGCAAUGGAUAUGAUUGCUAUGAUCUCUGGGACCUCGGCGAAUUUGACCAGAAAUGGGCGCGCAGCACCCAUUGGGGCUCGCGGGAAGAGCUGCAGGAUCUCUUGGAUACAGCACGAAAGAGUGGAGAUAAUGGCAUUGAUAUCAUCUGGGAUGCUGUCCUGAGCCAUAAGACCGCUGGAGAUGCGACGGAGGAGACUUGGGCGGUUGAGGUGGACAAAGAUGAUCGGCGUGUGGAGACUUGCAGGCCGAGGAUGAUUGAAGCUUGGUUGAAAUACGACUUUCCUGGUCGCGAACGUGAGGGGAUGAAGUAUUCGGCUUUCAGAUGGCGCGCGGAACAUUUCAAUGGCACUGAUUGGGAUCAGAAGGCCCAGAAGAACGCCAUUUUCAAAUUGAUCGAUGACCCAGCGACGUUGCGCCCUGGCAAGAACUGGGCAGACGAUGUCACGACGGAAGAACUUGGUAAUUAUGACUACCUCAUGUUUUCGAAUAUUUACUACAAACACCCAGAUGUGCGAGAGGAGAUCCUCAGAUGGGGUCGAUGGAUGGUCACAGAUGUAGGCAUUCCGAACUUCCGUUUGGACGCAGCACAGCACAUCUCGCGAAAUUUCAUCCGAGACUGGAUCGCUGUAGUACAGGCUACAAGCCGGGAUAAGUACGGCAGAGACGCAAUGAUCAUCGGCGAAAUCUGGUGCCCCCAUGUCAGCCGACAAAUCCGUUGGCUCGACGCCGUGACACCACCAGACUCAUCCGCGGUACUCGCGUAUACCUACGACACGCCGCUCCUAAACAGCUUCUCGCGUGUCUCUGGGGACGUCCUCAUAGGCAGCCGAAACGCCGAUUUGAGAACUCUCCUGUCCGGUCCAGGUCAUCCCGACGGCCGAGCUCUAGUCUCGCUUCGUCCAGCUCAAGCAGUGACAUGUGUGAGCAAUCAUGAUACGCAAGCAGGGCAGUCGAGCUUCACGCCUAUCGAUUCGAGCCUGAAAGCGCUCUUCUAUGCAUUCAUACUACUUCGCCAGGACGGACUCCCGUGCGUCUUCUGGGGCGAUCUGGUAGGUAUUCAAGGCCCUCACGCAGAAGGACCAGCGUGUAAAGUUCCCAUCAGCUCUUCGGAGAGAAAGACGGCAUAUGAGAGCGGCUCACAACCGCCAAUGACGGAUGGCGUCCUGCCUUCGCUGAUGCUCGCCCGUCGAUAUUUCGCCUAUGGUCCCCAGAGAGACUACUUUGAUAGCAUGUCCUGCAUUGGCUGGACUCGAGCAGGGACUGCUGAUCGUCCGGGCUGCGUUGUUAUCAUGAGUAUUGCAUUGCAUGGCAUGCGGACUUAUAAGAAGAUGGCUGCUGGGUGUGCCGGCGAGCGCUGGGUCGAUGUGCUACAGAAGGAAGAGGAUAGGGCUGUUGUGUCCAACCAGAAAUGUACUCAUGUGCAAGACAACCCCAACCCGAACCCUAAUGCAGACCAAACGACGUAA